AUGCAACAACCACUGACAAGCAUUCGGCUUCGUGGCCAGCGAAAGCGACGUCUCGCCGAGGCGCUUCUGAAACGACUGCCUUCGACGCCUUUCGCGCCCACAUCGUCAUUCCCCAUCAAAGUGGUAUGCAUUUCGGACACGCACAACAAACAGCCGAUUCUGCCCGCCGGCGAUCUCCUCAUUCACGCGGGGGAUCUCACAGAGAACGGUUCCUUUGCCGAAGUCCAGGCCGGGCUGACGUGGCUGUCAUCCCAACCACACAAGUACAAGAUCCUCGUCGCUGGAAAUCACGAUGUUCUCCUAGACGACAAGUUCCUCGAGAGAUACCCCGACCGGCGCUACGGCCAGGCAAAGACAAAAGCAGAUCUGAGUUGGGGAAGCGUCGUCUAUCUUGAAGACAGCUCCGUGACAUUAGAUUUUCCGCUAUGUGAACUUCGCAAGGGGGGCAAUCUUGAUCCUAGCGGUGUUUCUGCAGGCGAGACUGGUACACGAACUCUGACAGUGUUCGGCAGUCCCUGGACACCACAAUACGGCGUCUCAGCCUUCCAGUAUCGGCCAGACAAUCAUUCGCACUGGGCUGAGAGACUUGGUUCUCUGACACCAGAUAUCCUAGUCUCCCACAGUCCUCCCAAACUUCACCUGGACUUACGAGAUUUCCAUCGGGCUGGGUGCCCAUAUCUAGCAGAAGAGGUCAACCGCAUUCGUCCGCGCCUCGUCGUUUUUGGGCACAUCCAUGCAUCAUAUGGGCGUGAAGAUGUCGUGCUCAACGCAACUCGGGCAGCGUAUGAUCAAGUACUCAUUGGAUGGGGUGGCUGGGAGACAGUACUCCGCAUGGCAAUUUUGGUACUAUGGGCAAAGGUGGAAGGACUUUUUGAACGGGGCCGCCCGAAGGAUAAGAGUACCGCCUUCGUAAAUGCAGCUGUCGUCGGGGGGGCUAAUAAUGAGCUUCGGAACCCCCCAGUCGUUGUUGAGCUAUAG